AUGUCGUCCUUUGCAGCCCUCAAGCAGCAGCGCGAGGCGAGGAGGGCGCCUCGCUUCGCCCCUACGGCCCCAACGGCAGCGCAUCCCUCAGCUGGCUCAGGGGACAUCUGCGGCGCUGAGCCUACCGUGACAACGACGAAGACGACGACGACGGCGCCCACUUUAUCUGAACCACGAACAUCAAAAUCCGAACCAGCCCCUGAGCUUCCCGAUACCGGUGCAGAGGCCGGUCCGAGUGCAGCGGCGGCCGGACCCAGCAGCUGGCGCCUGGCCGAGAACGAUUCCCUGGUGGUCAGGACGGUCGAAGGAAAGGGCAGGGGCGUCUUUUGGCAGCCAACUUCGUCGCAGCCAGCGACUUGUCGACCUGGCGACAUCCUCCUUCGCCUCCGCCCGACGACCUCGGCGCUCGCCACUGAUGAGCUCGCUAAGCGAUGCUCCCAUUGCCAUCGCGCCGCCGCCGCCGCCGUCGACCCGAGUUACCCUGCUCACGCCCAGCAAGCAUCGACCUCGUCGGCUACCUCGCUGAUGCGGUGUUCGGCCUGCAAGGUGGUCAAGUACUGCAACAUCGACUGCCAACGGGGAGAUUGGCAACAGCAUCGAGAAGAGUGCAAGGCGCUGAGAUCCUACGCCAAGCUGCGGGCCGAAGCACGCUCGGCCAGGAAGCAGCAGGCUAGGGAAGCUAGGCAGCAGCGACGGGCAAAGAGAGCGGCGACAGCUGGAGGCGACGGCGACGGUGACGACGGCGAGGACGGCGAGGACGACGGCGAGGACGGCGAGGACGACGACGAGAUGGCGGUCGACAGCUCGAGCGACGAGCAGCCAGAGGGUGGCUCGGACACGGCUCCCGGUCCCGCAAUCCGCGCCAUGGCUCGUCUCGCCUGGGCGCGAAAGAAGGCCGGCAACAGCACCGUCCGAGAGCAGAUCGACCGGCUUCAGUCCCACAAAGCCGGCAUGGAUCAGGGCAAGCUCCAGGACCUCGCUGCGGUGUCGGUCAGCCUCGCACACUUCCUGGGUGCCAGCCAGGCUGUCAGCCUGGAGGAGCUGCCGAGCAAGCAGCGACAGGUGUUGCAGGAUCUCGGCAUGGGCUCGGCCUCGUCGCUGAUGGAUGCGGUCUGCAAGUUCGCUACCAACUCGUUCGCGCUGACCGACUCGGAGCUCAACAGCAUCGGCGUCUGCCUCGAUCUCACUGCCGCGCUCCUCAACCACUCCUGCUGCCCCAAUGCCGCGCUCGUCUUUCCCUCGAACGGCGCUACGCAUGACGGCCCAAAGGGUCCGGAUGCAAACGGGCCGAUGCAUCUGGUGGCCCUUCGCGAUAUCCAGCCGGGCGAUGAGGUGCACAUCUCGUACAUCGACGUCUCUGAUCGGUUCGUCGACCGACAGCAGGCGCUCCAAGAGCGCUACCUCUUCCAGUGUCGCUGCCCAUUGUGUCGGCGGACGCUCAAGCAACAGCAGUCGCUCGCUGUCGGAAGCGUGGGUGGGGCCGGAGGCGACGGCUCAGCGGUCAAGAUGUCGUCCAAGUGGCGAGACCCGCGAGAGGCGGUCUGGUGCCCGCAAAAGUGCGGAGGCUGGAUCAGUCGACCGAGCACGGACGCCCGAGAUGCCUCGACGCCGCUGGUUUGCAACAAGUGCCGGAAGGCGGCCCGGCUGGACCCAUCGGUGCUGGCCGAGGAAGUCCGUCAAGCGGCAGAGGCGACGCGCGAGGCCCGGAGCUUGCUGGCAGAGGGCGAUGCGGCAGCAGCGUGGCAAGCGUGCUCGCAGCUCCUUCCGGCGCUGGUCGACCAAUAUCCGCCCUCGUCUCAGCCGCUCUUCGAUCUGAUGCGGGUCGCACAGCAGGCGCUGAUCGAGCUCGGCUCGUCGAGCCUUCCAGCGGCGCCUGGCGACACAAGACCGGCGUCUCAGGGCCAGGAUCGCAAACUGGCACCGAGAGAAGGGCCAAGCAUCGACACCGACGCCACUGCCUACUUUUUCGAAGAGGCGACGAGGCUGGGCAUGCUGAUCGCUGCAGGCUGCCAAGCGUCUACCCUGGGGUCCUCAGCCGAAGGCGGGCCAGUCUACGUCGAGGGACACCCGGCCAGGGCCAUUGCGCUGGCCACGCUGGGCAAGCUGUCGCUGGUCGAGAUUCAGCAGCAACCUGUGGCGGCGUCGUCAGCCCAGCCCUCGUCGACCUCGCCGUCGGCGGCCCAGCGGCUCGUCAGCCGGCCCUCGUCGAUUCCGUCGAUCCUGCGGCAGCCACCGGUCAUUCCGACGGAUGCCAGGCUCGCGUUCGCCAAGCAGGUUCUGGUGCAGGCGCUGCGGGAGCUCGAGAUUGGCUUUGGCCGACGCAACGAAGGCGGCGAGGCGGGACGGUCGGUGAAGCGGACGCUCGAGGAGCUCGAGAGGGAGAGCGCCAUCGUGACCCAGGCGCUAAGGGAGGGUGGCCAAGGCAGCAUCGCAGCGUGA